AUGCAUAUCCAAAUUUCAGUUCCAAAUCUUCUUUCCCUCACACACCUCUUUGUGAUCCUAACUCUAUGUGCCUCCUACAAAGAAAACUUAGAUGACUCUUCAAAAAUUUUCACCAACUAUAACCGUGCUGCUGAAAUAGAAAAACAUUGCAGUUCAUAUCUAUCUUUGGCAUCUAAGUUAAGCCCUGAUGCCAAUAGAGGUAACAGAAUCAAGAGAGAACUCUCAUUCACCUAUGGAGAUUGGGAGCAGGAGAAUGGACAUACAACCUUGAUGCCCUUCGACCAAAGCAAUGGUUUCGAGCACAGUUUAGCCUUAAAACUAGUUUCUUUCAAAGUGAUGGACACAAGUUCAAUUCAGCACUUUGAAAAUACAGUUAGUCUUGGAGGGAUCAUGUCCAUAGGAAUAUCUGGUCAAGGUUCAUAUUUUCCAACUAAAUCUUCUUCUUCUUUCACAAUGAGGCCUGGCUUAUCUCUUCUCAGAAUUGCUUUUGAAGGUGUAUACUUACAAAGCAAUGAUCAUGAGAAUGGGAAAGAGCAUUUGAUGUGUCUCUUGGGAAACACAACUUUACCUAUACCAGAACCAUUCAAUUAUGAUUGGAAUGACAUGUUUCUUGAUUAUAGUCUCUUACAAGAUGAGCAGAUUCUACUUGUUCUUCGCUACCCUCAAACCUUCAACUUGACAAGAAGGUCCAUAAGAGGCGAAAUGCGAAGUUUACACCAGGAAGGAAGCUUGGCAUACUUUGAUAAUGUUCAUAUUUCUUCUCAAUUGAAUCGCCAUGCUGUCUAUCAAUUCAGCUCUGAAUCAAAGUCUAGAUCUUGUGAUCCGUAUCCAUACGAGCUAGACUUUGCAGCAUAUGGGGCUAAUUCAUUCAAUAAUGGUUCUGAUUUUUGCAGUUUUCUUCAGAAAGUUGCACAACGACCUUUUUACCUUUUUGGAGUUGAAAACUUUAGGCUACUUUUUCAGUACCUUAUCUGUGAGGAAGAAACAGAUAGCAACAAUGUCCAAAGUGCAAGAGUUUCUGCAGUUCUAAGAGCAUUUCCAGCAUCCAUGUCUUUAGAUACAGUGAAAUCAAGAACAGGCCUCUCAAACCAAACUCUAUCUGCAGAAGGAUCAUGGAAUUCCUUAACAGGAAAACUCUGCAUGAUUGGAUGUCAUGGAGUGGUUGAUCCAGGGUUAAACUCAAAGGAAUGCAACUAUCAGAUAUCUUUUCACUUCCCAAGUAUCCUCUCUAUCAAGCAGAGGAGUCUUAUGCUUGGUACGAUACAUAGUAAUAGCAACAAUGAUGAAUCAAACAUCUUCUUUCCUUUCUUGCAUUCGCUAAGGCGUCCCACCUAUCUCAAGGGCCUUGGCUUGCAUAACACUCCAUACUAUAAUUACUCAAAGGUUGAGCUUGCUGCUGCAAUCAAAAGCAAGAAUCAACACUCAAAGUUGUUCACCCUUUUCAAGAAAUUGUUCUUCAAGUAUCCAACUCUUGUAGAUGGAGAUGAUAUAAAUCGCCUCUCCAAUAAGCUCAAUGUCCAUGUGAAUGCGAUUCGUCAUCAAUCCUCAAACAAGCAUGAUAGGGUCUAUAUGCAGAUGGAAGUUCUUUCACUUGGUACUUCGCAUCAACAUGAAAGAAAGAACCUCUUUGGCAAUCCUCUUCUUAACAUCUCAUUGCAUCUCACUUUAUCUGAAGGGUAUUGGGAUGAAAAUGCAGAUAGUUACCCCUUUUUCUUGGAAGGUGUAUAUGAUCCCUUAGAAGGUGAUAUGCAUCUAAUUGGUUGCAGAAUGUUUUCACAGGGCAUAGAUUGUUUGAUGGAAGUUAAGGUUCAGUAUCCAUCUGAAUCGAUACGAUGGCUGAAGAAUCCUUCAGUUGAAAUGAUCAUCACUAGCCAAAGGAGUGAAGAAGACCUGCAACAUUUCAAGCCUAUCACUCUCAGAACUCAAAUGAUUCAAUACAAUGAGCAUCAACAAGACUAUGAAUUUAGGAAAAUCCUUGAAGGUGUUCUAAGGCUUCUGAUUUCCCUUGCAGGAGCAGGCAUAAUUUGGAGCCAACUAAUCUACAUGAAUGCAGAUGAAGACCAGACUCCUUAUAUGUCUCUUGGCACACUCUAUAUAUUGAUAUUUGGUUAUGGUGCAGAGUUGAUAAGGGCCAGUGAAAUUUUCUUUGAAUCAAAAGAAUCUGCUUCCAUUAGAACUUGGCCUUAUCAACUUCAAAACUAUCAAAGAGUCUUGAUGGAAUCGAUGGAGACCUUAACAAAACUUCUAGUGUUGGCUUCUUUGCUGCUUACAAUAAAUCAAUACAGAAAGGUGUCAGAUGCUAAGAACAAGCCAAAUGCUUAUGGGACUAACAAGUCAAAACCCCUCCGACGAAUUAGUGAUGCCAGUCGAAGGUAUUUGAGGAUUUUCAUUUGUAUCUGUUUGAUUCUUUCGUGUCUUGGAGGGGACUUAAACUUGAGGUAUGCUUUUGUGAUUCUACCUGCAACCAUAGUGAGAGAAUAUAUAUGGUUGACUCUGAAGAUGCAAGAAUUGUUUUUGUUGCCUCAAAUAUUUGAGAACAAACUGUGGAGUAAUCAAGUGAAGCCAUUGAGGAAAACAUAUUAUUUUGGACUCACAUUUCUGAGGCUGGUUAUAUUCUUCUAUGAUUACAUCAGAGAUCCUGUUUGGGAUCCAUUCAACAAUUAUAAUGAUGGUGGUGGUGGAAUCAACAACCAAGUGGGUUCAGAUUUGCUUUCCUUUUGUUUGAUCAUGUUAAGCAGUCCACUUGUUAUGAUUGGAUUAGCUUUUGUGGUCUACAUUCAACAGAGCUGGAACUAUCUCAAGCCAAGAAAUGCUUGA